AUGUCCACGCCCACCGACGCCGAGAUGCUCCAGCAGAUGCAGCAGCGUCUGGAGAGCGUAACCGCCUCCAAAGCGGCCAACGCGGCGGCCGGCAAGCAGCUGGACGAGAAGCUGCGCGUGGCUUUCAAGAAUCCUCCGCGCCGCCCCAACAUGUCGGCGGAGCGUCUCAAGGAGGAGAUGGAGCAGAAGGAGUGGCGCCGUAACACCACGUCCAUGUCGGCCGGCGACGAGCGCGUGUUGUUGCGCGAGCUGCAGCAACUUAAGGACAAACUGACGCAACAGGAGGCGUGCGACGAGUUUCAGGCCAUGAUCGACCGCACGCGCCAGGAGCGCCAAGAACGCUUCGAGCAACAUAAGGAAUACGAAGCCACGCUGCAGCAACUGCAGCAGGGCAUCCGUAAGCUCAAGCUGGCGGCGCACAUCAACAAGCCCGUGGCGGACUUCGUCACGAUCGAGGUGACGGUGCCCGCCGAUAAAAUGGGCGCAGUUAUUGGCAAGCAGUUCACGCACGUCCACCAGAUGGAGAAGGACUGCUGCGCUAUGAUCGAAGUGGACAACAAGCUGAACGUCGUCAAGAUCACGAGCGCAGCGGAGCAAGUGCAGGCGGCCAAGGAAGCCAUCGAGGACGUCACUCUGGCUACCACUCAGUCCAUUGGGCUGCACCCUGACACCGUCAAGAUGCUCAUGUUCCAGCAGGCUAAGCACUUGCAUGAGCUGGAGAGGUCGCUCAAGCUCAAGAUCGACAUCAGCAAGACGGACGGCAUCUUGACCGUCCAGGCCUCACCCGACAAGGCCAAGCAGCUAAAGAAGGUCAUUAACAACUUGACAGCUGCCAAGGUGGACAUCUUGUUGCCGUCUGAGAUCGUACCUAAGCUGAUUGGCAAGAAGGGAGAGACGAUCAACCAGUUGAUGGAAGAUACGGGAGCGUUGGUGGACAUCGACAAGGUGACGAACAAUGUGCGUCUUGUGGGCACGAACGAUAAUGUCGCCAGCGCCGAGAAAUUCGUCCGUGAGCUCAUAAACGAGCAGUCGCAACGUGAGAAGAACUUUACUCCAGAAGACAAGGAGCUGUUUGAAGGACCAGAGUUCGCCACGUACAAGUUCGCCUUCUUCGCAGAGUUCCUCAUGGCUGACAAGGCCAAGCAGCUGCGUCUGCUACGCACCGAUGCGGCGGAGGCUCGUAUCAAGGUUUUUAAGAAGGAGCGUCGCAUUCACGUGCUGGGUAACAAGCAGCAAAUCGAGGCCAUGGACGACGCGCUUCGAGAACGUCUCAGGGAGUUUGAGCUGCACCACUGGGUGCACGAAGUGGCCGACAGUCACUUGUUGAGUCUCAUUAUAGGCAAAAAGGGGAGCAAGAUCAAGGAGAUCGAGAGCGAAGGCAAGGACAGCAACGUACGUAUCGAUAUCCAGGACUCGUACGUCUGCGUGUUUGGCGACGACGAUGAAGCGAUCGCCAAGGCCAAGGGCAAGAUCUUGGAGAUCGUGGACAACAACCAGCGCUCGGUUUUCGUGACGUCUCGUUACCUGAUCGCUAUCUUGAUGGCGUCCAAGCGCGAAAGGCUGUCGGGAAUCGAAACCAGCAGUGGCUGCAAGCUGCACCUGCCCCCUCCGCCUCGUGAGGGCGCCGCUCGGAGUAGCGAGAGUGAGUCGGACCAGGUAAAGAUCUCGCUCACUGGCUCACUGGAGUCGAUUCAGAAGGCAAAGGAGCAGCUGGAAGAACUGGACGAGGCGCACCACGUCCGCUACCUCCCGCUGGAUAACGACGAAAUCCCGACUGUGAUUGGAAAGAAGGGAGAGACUGUGUCUGAACUCGAGAGCAAGAGCGGAGCCAAGGUCCGUGUGCUGCGAGGAUCGGGUGGCCAGCCUUCUGAGCUUGAGAUGAUUGGCACGGAAGAGCAGCUUACGACUGUACAGGCCGCUGUCGAUGAGCUCUUGCAGACGCAGAACCGUCAGCUUCUGCAGCUGGACGCCUUCGCAACGGGCUGCUUGAUCGGUAAAAAGGGCGAGCGCAUUAAGACGAUGCGUCUAGCUCACCCCGAGGCCACGUUGGAUGCAUUCCCGAACCGUGGCCAGGUCCGUGUCAAGGCUGCGUCCCCUGAAGCUCUCAAGGCCUGCGUGGACGACGUGCUCAAGACUCUGCAGGAAACUCACGUGGUCGAGAGUGUCCACGCAUCGCAACAGCAGCAACAGAGUGCAGGUUUGCCGCGUGGCGCCACCGGACCAGCCUCUUCCAACUUUAACUCGCUAAUGGAGAAACACCAGUCGAUUGCGAUGCGUCUACAGGAGUUGGAGGCUGAAGGUGGCGAGGGCAUGAGGGUUUCUUUCCAGGACGACGGUAAGGUGGCGAAGAUCCGUGGUCCCGCCCUGGGGAUUGGCAAGAUCAAGAAGUUCUUGGAGAUGCUGGUGUCACCAGACUCGCACUUCGUGGAGACGAUUCCGCUGCCUUCCAUUGCGUUUGCCAGCGCUCUGGAGGUAAAGGGCGACGCUGCGAAGCUGAACGAGAACGCGUUGCGGAUCUGCAAGCAAACUGGAUGCGAGCUCCGCGUGAAGCGCUCACCGACAGCUUCAGGUGCGACGGAGGAAGGCACGAUCCGAAUUGAAGGCACGAAUGCGUCCAAGGUGUACGAGGCCAAGGCUGAAGUGGAGACGGUGCUUCAGUUCUACUUCUCGGAUUGCUUCCAGACUUUAGAGGACCUGCCUCCGUCCAUUGCGACGCGCAUGUACGAGCUUCUGCCCACUCUCCGCGCAAAAUACAAUGUUGUAUUCUCGCUGCCCACCAAGACCAGCCUCAAGGUGUUUGCAGACUCCAAGAAGAACGUCCAGGAGAUCACAAAGCAGCUCAAAAAGGACGUCGAGGCCUGGAAGAAGCAGCACGUUGAAUUGCCAGUUGCUGGCUGGCUUGUGCCCAUUCUGGUGGGCCGCAAUGGCGAGACCAUCAAGAAAAUCAGCACGGAAAGCAACGCUCGACUGGAUGUGAGUGCUCCCUCGCCCUCUGGCUCUCGUCACGAAGACCGAACUCUCACGAUCAGCUCCAGAGACGACGCGGCUAUCAAACUUGCAACGGACAAGGUGCAGGAGCUGCUGAGUCACCACAAGAACAUGUCCUCCGUUGUGGACGUCAGCAAGACCAAGCUGGAUGUGGCUCUGUCUGUCAAGAAGGACGCUGCCAAGGGCAUUCAGCUCCACGUGAUUGACGGCGAGAAGAAGGGAGAGCUGCAGGUUGUCGUCUACGGCGAGGACCACGACGAACGCGAGCGGAUAGUGGAGAAGAUGGAGCAUCUCCUCGAUAUUUUCGUGGUUGAGUCUAUUGCUCUCCCCACUACCGUGUCUCCAGCCUUCGCGAGCUCCAUGCUCGGCUCUCUGAUUGGCAAGAGCGGAGCCAACAUCCGUGCUCUACAGAAGCAAUUCCCGGACGUGAUGAUUGACAUUCGGCGUAGUGACAGCGCCAUCACGCUGAAGGGACCGACGGAAGAAGUCGCAAAGGUUCGCACUAUAAUGGAGGACAAGAUCCAGGAGCUGCUGCGCAGUGAGGAGGAGUUCCGGCAACGUCGCAGUAGUCGGUACCAGCAAGAGACGGAGGAGCAAGAAGACGAGGACAAGAAGACGAGCAGCGCUCGUGACGCUGAAGUUAGUGACGAGAACUCACAGCCCAACGCGCAGCAGCAACAGCGACAGCCAUCGAAGCGUGUGGGUCCUGUGGGCGGCACGCCGACCAUGGGAGAUGUCAAGCUGACCAAGAACCAGCGCCGACGUAUGCGUAAACGUGCUGAGAAUGAAAAGUCGGAUGUCUUGUCGAUGCUGGUGGGCAAUGGCCAGGGCGCUUCGACCACCAAGACGACGACGACGACUGUCGAGACUUUGGGCAGCGACGGUGUUUCAUCUAGCUCCUCCACCACCACAAAUACGACAAGCUCGACGAAGGGAAGCAACGGUGGAUACUACCACUCGUCGAGUGGGUACUCGCUGCGCUUGUGAGUAGCUCGACCAUUCCGAAAUACUCGUGAGACGCACUCCCUGCAUCAAGCUGGGGAGAAAUGCAGACAAGUGUAAAGUGUAAAUGCAGCUACUUGCGCAUCUACGUCAGGAUGAAGCUGUAUCCUGACUCUACUAGACAUGUAGUAGAGCGCUUUUUAAGCUACAUGUACAUGUACGAAAACGACUUUUGGAACGAAAUUAA